UUGUAUGUGUUUGUCGGUGUGUAUGUUAUGUCAGUGUACCGGUGGCUCCCUGUUUUUGAUCCCUGUGUUUUUGUUGAACUUGUUGAAGGACUUUAAACCAAGAUCCCUGCUUCUGAGAGCGUCAUCGACCGGAACCUUGCGCGUUUUGAUUCUUGUUCCCACGGGGGGUUUAUUUAUUUGAAACACCGCGGUCACGUGACGUCACCACAGCGCUGAAGCUGAAGCGGAAGAAAAACAGAAAACACGACUCAGUGUUGCUGUCAGCUCAUUUAAGCUUCUCAGCAACUGGGACUAAAAUGUCUCCUGAUUAUUUAAACGUAUUUAAAUAACUGUUAGAUAGUCAAACAGUUCGGUUUUAUUUAUUUGUAUCAGUUUGUUUUAAAAAUGGAGCAAACUGCGACCAGCGUCACGACGGAUCCUGAAACCAACGGGCGUUCAACACGAUGGCGCAACUGGUCGGGGUUCUGGCUGCUCGGAUUGUGCAACAACUUUGCGUAUGUGGUCAUGCUGAGCGCGGCCCACGACAUCCUGAAGAAACAAUCGUCAGAAAACAACACGGCGUCUGCCUCAGCUUCAUUGACUGUGGAUUUCCAAAGUGGGAACAGCAGCAACAGCAGCCGCUAUGACUGCAACCCUGUGUCCACAGCGGCCGUCCUGUUAGCCGACAUCCUCCCAACGCUCGUCAUCAAGCUGUUCGCCCCCUUUGUCGUCCACAAAAUGCCUUAUGGGGUCAGAGUUUUGUUCUGCGCCGUCAUGGCAGCCACGAGCUUCCUCCUCGUGUCGUUCUCCUCCGCUGUGCUGAUGAGCAUUCUGGGAGUGAUUUUUGCCAGUGUAAGCUCUGGACUGGGCGAACUGUCCUUCCUGUCUCUCACCGUCUUUUUCAGCAGGGACGUACUGGGAGGUUGGGGCUCGGGUACAGGUGGUGCAGGAGUUGCCGGAGCCUUCAUCUAUUCAGGUCUCACGCAAGUCGGGGUGUCCCCUCAGAUCACACUCCUCAUCAUGCUGGUGGUGCCGGUUGCCAUGCUGAUAAGCUAUUUCUUCCUGCUGGAUCCUCCACCUUCAGUGCCUCAGUGGAGAAGCAGGGAGACCGAAUACGCAGCUGUGGGCUCAGAGGAGGACGAGCAGCUGAUCGACGGAUCAGAAGAAGAGGAGAAAUCCACCACAGAAGAACGGACCACCAGGCCGCUCACCUUCACAGAGAAGCUGCACGUCAUCAGGGGACUCCUGAAGUUUGUGUUUCCUCUGGGACUCGUCUACUUCGCCGAGUAUUUUAUAAACCAGGGCCUGAUGGAACUUCUGUAUUUCCCAGACUUUUUCCUGUCCCAUGCAGAGCAGUAUCGCUGGUACCAGACGCUGUACCAGGUGGGCGUGUUGGUGUCUCGAUCGUCUCUGUGCUGUGUGAAGAUCAGGAAAGUGUGGGCGCUCUCUCUGCUCCAGGUGAGAAACAGACAGAGGGGGCAAAUCAGAGGGGGCAAAUCAGAGGGGGCAAAACAGAGGGAGUUUGCGAUGGCUGCUGCCAGCGUGGGAGACAGUCUGGGCAUCGCUCUGGCCGGACUCGCCGCUUUCCCGGUCCACAGAUACUUCUGCUCCCUGUGAGCCGCCCACACAGCGAGCAGCUCGGUGAAUCAGACCGACGUGGCGUGGGAGCGUUUCAGUUCAAGGUUUUUUUAAAACUCUCAUAUGAGAGACUAUCUGACGAGAGCAGACUUCACUCCUUAAUGAACGGGAUGUUGGAAGUAACACAGUAUAAAUAUAUCACAGUGCUCCUGUACUCGAGUUUCAGGUAUCUGAAUGUAUAGUUUUAUGUUUUGAUUCAGAUACAAAAUCAUAAAACACAUCAUAGCUGCUCCAGAAGAUCCGAGCUUCUGAACUAAAUGUUGCUUUAUUUAACAGUGUGUUCGGUGUUAAAAGAUAAAACAUGUUUAUAGGUCGGUUUGUUGACCGAUAUGUGUUUUGCACUAAAAUCACUGACAGAAAAACUGCACUAAGAGCACCAUUCCUGUCGCUCACUAGUGAAAAGCUUUAAAGGAGCAAUAUGUAACUCUGACACCUAGUGGUUAAAAUGGGUACUGCAGUACAAAUUAAAAACAUUUGAGAGAGCCCCCCCCCCCCCCCACCCCCCUAGAGUCGAUGCUCACGCAGGUCACCAUGUGGUGGACACUGAAGCUUCAGUGUUUAGCCAGCUCUGCAUCAGUCUGUAAACCUUUUUUUUAUGUUACCUUUUAUUUUCUACUUACUAAGUGUUAUUUUUGUUUUGCUUUUCACUCAUCGAUGCAGAUCAAACAUGUCUGACCAAAUGUGCCUUUUUCUUUCCGUUUCUACCAAAGACUAUAACGGUUAUUUAAUGUGGAUAAAUAUUUUUAUUUUAUGUAGGUUAUUAAUCUGAAACAAAGGAAAACAUCCAACAUAUUAAAACUCUAAAUGUUUUACAUGUUUGUGGUUAGAGUCCUUACACAUUUGUAGAAAAACAAACGUCAGCAUUAAGCGGCAACUUCCCAAGUUGAAAAAUGAAGCCGAUGCGGAAGUGCAAAAUCCUGCAGUUCCUCGAGUGUCCACUAGAGUCCACUAGAAUUAUUUUUUGGGCUUUUUGUGCCUUUAUUAGAGAGAUGGUGAUAGAGUCAGAAAUCAGAGAGAGUGACAUGUGGAGAAGAAGCCACAGGUCGGAUUUGAACCCGGUCCGCCCAUACAUGGGGCGCUCACACUAACCACUACAUCACUGAUACCCCACGACAAAGUUUUUAAACCAAUAAUAAUAAAGAUAAACAGCAGCUGAAACAUGUUUGUGUCAUUCAGCUGCUGUUUCACCGAUGCUUCGUUUCUUUUCAAAUGUGCACAUUCCUGCUGAUGUUUUGUACUUCCUACCUACAUCAAUCCUGCUGUUACUGAUGAUUUUCUUAAUAAUUUAUUUUUAUUUUUGGUGCUUCAGUGAUUAAAGUGUUUUCCACCUUUGAACUGUUUAAUCAAUCACGCUCAAACUGUCAUGUAUAUUAAGAAAUGUGAAUAAAAGUUGAAGUCAUAUAAAAAAAAGUGGUAGAUAAUUUAUAAUGUAUUAAAGAUUAUCUACCAAACACCUUUA